CAACGGAAACACGGAUCGUGACGUCAUGCGUCAGCGCCCUCUUCCUUGUUGCCACACAUGUGUGGAUUAAUUUGUUAUGACUGGCUAUCUUCACGGCUGCACCAGGAAUGAAAGGUGCCGACGAAUAUGACAAAGAAAACAGAUUAAGAAGGAUGCAGUGUGCUGCUGCUGCAAGGGGGUGGAGCAGUGUGUCUGAAUGCCAUGUAUGCAAUUAAAUGGAGCAGUUUGCACUAUAAGACUUUAAAUGUUCAACGCUGAGCAUUGAAGAGGACAUUACAGUGCAUUUAUCUUGAUAACACUGAGCAUUGAAGAGGACAUUACAGUGCAUUCAUCUUGAUGUGUGUACUAAUGAUCAACAAGGAAUGAAAAGUUUGUCAAGGCCUGCACAUCUGAGUGGGUGGCUAUGGAGGACACAGUGAGCCAGGAGUCCAUUGAGUCAUCAUCCACUGGAGAUGAAUUUGUAGUUGUAAACGGCGAACCCAAGCUUAAAGUCACAGGUGAUUUCAGUGACAUUGGUGACGCCAUGAUGUCGGAUUCUACUGUGUGUGAUACUCGACUUUCUUCCAGUCCAGGGAGUCCAGAAGAUAGCAAGGAUCUUAGUCAUGUCAUUCCAUCAAGUCAGUCUGUUGGCUUCUUGGCAGAUGACCUUGGACUUGGCGACAUGACAGAGAGUCAAGAGGACCAGUCUGGAGCAGAUCGUGGGCGGUCAGUCUCACUUCCAUCCCUUUCUCUUGGUGACUGCACCAUCUUCAAUGGUGUAACAUACCUCGGAUGUGCUAUGGUGAAUGCUCCACGGUCUGAAGUAGAGAUAUACCGCAACAUGGCAGUCCUGAACAGCCAGUCCCACAGUGCCAUUCCUGUGGCCUUGUCUGUACCAAGUACAUCAGAGGGCAGCGUCAGACUGUCCAUGCCAGACCUCCAGACAGCUUGCAACGAUGGCAACAGUUCAAAACCUUCAGGUGGAUGCGUUAGAUUACUUGAUCCUGGUAGCAACACAGACAUUGCCAGCUUCCGAAUCCAUCGCAUCCUUUUUUGUGCACGAGGACCACCAGACAGUGCUGAGAAAAAGUGCUUUGCAUUCACUUGCAGCCAUGGAGACAGUGCUGAGACGGCUAUUUUUCAGUGUCACGUUUUCCGCUGUGACCUCAGUGAAGCAGUAGCCAAAAUACUGUACUGUUUUGCAACUACAUUCCGCCGUGUCCCCAAGAAAGAGCAUGGCACAUCAACAAGCAGUCUGACAGAACUUCCAGAUACUGAGCAGGAUUUCACCUUCACAGUUGGCCUGGAAUUCAAAGAGGAUGAUGGCAAGGGCAGCUACUCUACCUGUCCGAAAGACAAAAACAUUUUCAAGUUCCGAGUAAACUCUGAGAAGCGACUUGCCAUCACUGUUCAGCACGGUGGCCCGCAUCAGCUGAAAAUAGAGAGGUGCUUUGGCUUGCUGAUAUCACCAGGGCGCAAUGUCAAGCACAGUGACAUGCAGCUGAUAGAACUGGUAAGCAUGGGAUAUACUUCUGAUGACAGAACAUACAGCAUUGCUGGCCACUGGGAUCCCACAGAGAAAUGCUUUGAGAUUCUCAACACUGAAACAGAGAAAGAUACCAGAGUUUUCCUAACCGUCGCUGUGGACCUUGUUAUCUUUGGGAUACAAGAGCCUGUUCGCUUUGCUCUGGAGGUGCGGGCCAAAGUGUAUCCCACCAGUGAACGGUUCUGGCAAUUCACUAAAAAGCCUCAUUAUGAACGCUUCUUUGUAAAGCUGAAACAGGUGGAGGGUCAGGAUUGUGAGCCAGCAUAUGAGGUGCUCAAGGUGGAUAGCCAAACUGACCGUGACCGCCGCAACACUAGCCUCAGCCUCAACUUGCAGUCAGCCAGCAAAGUGCCCCCAGAGCCAGUUCAAACUCCACAGGAUCCUGAGGAUGAGUCAGACACUGAUGAGCCUCUGCUGAGUGGAUCAGGCAUUGUCAGCAAAGAGGUGAAAGAUGGCAACCUUUUGGAGGCUUGGGCAGAGGUGCUGACACGCUGGCACAGCAACCUAUCUUCCCGUCCCAAGCAGGUGACCAGCCUUGUCCGCAAAGGCAUUCCAGAGGCACUGAGGGGCGAAGUCUGGCAAUUGCUGGCAGGUUGUCAGGACAGCGACCACCUGCUAGAGCAAUACCGAGUCCUGAUCACUAAGGAUUCUCCUUCUGAAGCUGUGAUACAAAGAGAUGUCAAUCGCACCUUCCCAGCUCACGACUUCUUCAAAGAGAGUGGAGGUCUGGGACAGGACUCCUUGUACAGAAUCAGCAAAGCCUACUCUGUAUAUGAUGAAGAUAUUGGCUAUGUGCAAGGUCUCUCAUUCCUAGCUGCUGCCCUGCUCUUGCAUAUGCCAGAGGAGCAAGCCUUCUGUGUGCUGACCAAGAUCAUGUUUGACUAUGGCCUCCGUAACCUCUUCAAACAGGGCUUUGAGGAGCUGCACCUUAAGUUCUACCAGCUGGAGCGCUUGCUACAGGACCAGAUGAGUGAUCUAUAUGAACACUUCAUGGAUAUGGGACUGGAGGUUCACAUGUUUGCCUCCCAGUGGUUCUUAACGCUGUUCACAGCAAAGUUCCCUCUCCACGUCGUCUUCCACAUCCUUGACCUCUAUCUGAGUGAGGGUAAUCUCAUGAUAUUUAGUGUGGCACUGGGCCUUUUGAAGCUGUCUCGCAAAGACCUGUUGUCACAUGACUUUGAAGGGGUGUUGAAGUAUUUCCGUGUACAUCUGCCAAAACGUUUCCGAACAGAAGAAGCAGCUAUAGAGCUCAUGCAGACAGCUAUUGCUCUGAAGGUGACGGGAAAGAAAAUCAAGAAAUAUGAAAAAGAAUAUGCAGCAAUGAAGGAACAGGCAAUGCAGCAAGAAGAUCCGGUGGAACGUUAUGAUAGGGAGAACAAGCGGCUGCUGGACAACAACAUGCGCCUGGAACAAGAGAAUGAUGACCUGGCGCAUGAACUGGUAGAGAGCAAGCUACUUCUCCGCAGUGAACUGGAUCUUGUGCAUGACCGAUGUGAGCUUCUGGAUAAAGACCUCACUCAGACCCGGAAAACACUGAAAGAAACAGAGGAGGAGAAGAAACGCCUAGAGGUGGAAUCAGCUCAGCUGAAAGAGAUGUGCCGACGCGAGUUGGAGCGUGCUGAGCAGGAGAACACGAGAAACACUGCCAUCAUCUCUGACUACAAACAGAUUUGUUCUCAGCUGAGCGAGCGCCUAGAGAUGCAGCAGAAGGGGGCCAGGGAAGAGCUUAUGAGAAUAAAGUGCCAGAUCAAGAACUGUGAGGCAUGCUCCAAGAUGCUGGAUGCAGAUGGCAAAAUCAAGCUGCCAGAAAUGAGAAACAAUGAGCUGGAUGAAAAUUCCGAUGUAACCCUUCUUAAAAGACAGGUGCGAGAGCUGGAGUUGGAACUGGCACAGACAAAGCUGGCCCUGGUUGAAUCCGAGUGCAAGACACAAGACUUAACCCACCAGCUCAGCACAGCAUUGUCUGAGAUCCAGGCCUCCAAAAACACCUGGUUUCACAAAACACUGACCUCUAUCCGUGAAGUAGCUAACACCAAGAAAGACCCUAAAGAAUGAUUGCUUGCCUAGCACAGCAAGGUCUAGUAAUAGCAAGGCAAAAUGCAUUGCAGCAAUGCUUCUGAACUGCCCUCAGCUUCUUCUCCAACUCCUUUGCUGUUCUUGUCCACAAACUCUUCUUUAAGAGGGAGAAAAGACCGGCUCUGGCUUCUACGCUGCAAAGAUUUGCCAUGAAUGUGAAACAUAAUAAAACCAUAUGCCAUUCAUUUUUGUGUUAAAAAGGAAGUUGCUUAAUUUACAAGAUCCUGUGCAUUUCGGUUUUAACUCGGGCACAAGGAAAAUGAAAUGAAAAGGGUCCCCCAUAGAAAUGAAAGAGAAUCAAGCGCUUUGCUGGAGUACUCAGCUUUGUAACCAAGUUUCCAUAACCUGCACGUUCAUUUUGCAUGAAAAACAUUUAAGAAAAGAGUGGUUAAAUGUGACAAAUAGCACCAGCACUCAAGUCUGUGGAGUGGUGGUCAGCAAGUGAAGGCAGGAUGUCUACAUGCUUGUGAUGACAUGUCAAGCACCCAAUCAACCUUUGCUAGGUGUCUUUUUAUCUCUGUGAUGUGGUGACAGUUUCACAUGAAUGCAAUGAAUAUGAGCAGCUUUCUGCUAGUGCUUGAAGCAGAACCUGAGCUGUGAUCAAGAUUUUGAAUCUCUGUUCCUGUGGAUGUUCUUUUUGCCCAGACUGUGUGGUGAUUUGUUCAGUAUAUAUUCACUCACUCUAGUCCGGCCUUUGCUUCAAAAAAAGGAGGGUGGGGGUCAAAACAUUCCAUUGCCAGGCAAAAGGGAUGACAGUGAGAGUUAUAACUUGCUAGCGGUUUAUAUGCUUUAUUAAAAACAAAAUGUCUAGCUAGUCUUGGUGUCUUUAUCACAUGCGUAAUUUGCUGCAUGCAGCAAUAGUGGUAUUUUUGAAGAACCUGCAUCUUCAUCAUUUGGUUGUGUGCAGUGCACUGUGUAAUUUAUGGUUAUAUUCUUUUGUAUUUAAUUGUAUGUUCAUUUUCUAAUGGACCCAAUGCAGGAGAUAUGAGGGGUAAGAGAGGUGUGUACAAAGAUAUUUGUAUGGGUAUUCCAUGUACAAAAGUGUUUUUGUAAGUAGCCUGCAUACAUUUUUUGAGGGUUGGGGUGGUGGGGAGGUCAUCGGUUUUGUCUUUGUAUAUUUGUGGCUUUAACUAUGAAAAAUGUAACAACUCUGUAACCUACUGUAUAAGGCUGCUGCCAGUGGAAACUGAUGAAUCUUGUGCAUAAUGUUUACAAGUCCAGGGGUCUUUUUGAAAUGAAUAUGCAGUUUUAAUGGACAGCCUCUCCUUUUGAACAUCCCCAAGCAUUGUUUUGACAGUGUUUUGAUGUGUAUAACUUUGCCUGUUGGCAUUUCAAGAAACAGGAAUUGAACGCAACCGGAAAUCCAGAAGGAAGUGGGUUAACAAGACUUUUACCUCUACGAAUUCCCUUUUAGAUGCUCACUUACAUGUGGAAGGAAAAAAAAAAGAGGACCAUGAAUGAUAUUAUUUUAUGCAGUUCUUAUUUUUGGCCGUAUCAGCUUUUGGUAUUUGGAUUUGUAGAGAUUGAGCACGUCACCUGGUCAGGCUGGCCAUCUAUGUGCCAUAGCCCUUUUUUGUGUGUGUGAGGUGGUAUAAUUCUCACUUGUCACCUUGAAGAGUAAAAUGCAUUUGGCAUUACAGAGAAAAAAAACUUUGUGAUGAAGUCAGUCCUUUAGUUAUGAAAUUGUGGAAAAGCUUUAUAGUUACAGAUUAUUUAACUGGGCAGAAAAAAAAAGGCAUCUGAUUUGCUCAUGUAGGUGUGCUGAGUGCAUGUUUUCAUGACAUAGUACCGAAUACCAACUGUGAGCAAAUUUUUUUUUUACCACAAUACAUUUGUAUACUUCAUUUUGGUGUCCUGAACACGAUAUUCCUUUAAAAAAAAAGUUUCCACUACAUUAAUUCUUGUGCUCUGCUGUGUGAGACUAGUCAACGUGUUUAAUAUUUUCAUGUUUUUACUGCUAGAAUGAUAGUUCUGCCUUUCCCCUACCACCUCCCCACACCCACCCAUUCUCUCAACACUCCAUUUCUGAAUCCUUGAGUUUAAGUUUCCAAAAGAUGGCCAAGGACUUAAAAAAUUUUCUUGCUAUAGAGAUUGGCCAUUAAAAUUGCUCAGAUAUUUUGCAUCAGUAGGCUGGAUGGGGUGGCACAUGAAAAGAACAGGCCUGGUAUGGUGGCAAUGAUUUUAUAACAUUUUAGACAAAUGACCAUGUUUUCUUUAAAUGAUUUUUUCCUCAGCUCAGAAAUAAACAAUCUGGACAUUGCAA